CUUGACUUUAGAUUAAUAAAUUUAUACACACACUCAUAAAGUAUGUUUUCAGAAUCAACUCAAAUCCUAUAGAACUGCAUGAACUAUGUGACUUUCAAUUCUCCACAACUUUCCACAGAUUGAGAAGAAAGAAGUGGUUCUCAAUUCUCAAUAUAGAAUCUACCAAGAGAAUGACACAUUAGUUUUCUUUUGGAAUGAGUGGUUGACAUAUUCACUUACUUAAAUUAGUGGGGUGCAAAGGUAUCAAAAUUUGCCAGAUUUUGUGGAAUUAUGGGAGUUGUCAGUGUUGGAGAAUUUAAGCCUAGCAUUCCUGGGAAGAGGACCUUUCGUCCAAGUUCAAGCAUAAGGCAUGCCACUGAAUGGCCAAUUUCUGAUGUCUCUAGUGAUCUCACCAUUGAAAUUGGAGCUUCAAGCUUUUCACUUCACAAGUUUCCUCUAGUUUCUCGUAGUGGAAGAAUUCGAAAACUAUUGUUAGAAUCAAGAGAUUCGAAGGUUUCGCGCAUAAGUUUCCCAAGUAUACCCGGCGGUGCAGAGGCAUUUGAGCUAGCUGCGAAAUUCUGUUAUGGAAUCAACAUUGAAUUCACUCUCUCCAAUGUUUCUAUGCUAAGAUGCAUAGCUCAUUUUCUAGAAAUGACAGAAGAGUUCGCCGAGAAAAACUUGUUGACGCGAGCCGAAUCAUAUCUCAAAGAGACAGUACUCUCAAACACAGCAAACACAAUAUCUGUUCUUCACCGUUGCGAAACUCUGCUACCUAUUGCAGAAGAGAUUAACCUUGUUAACAGAUUAGUCAGUUCAAUUGCAAACAAUGUAUGCAAAGAGCAGCUUACGUCCGGUUUACAAAAACUCGAUUAUAGUUUCCCUUCUCGAAGCGUUGAACCUGAAACGCCUUCAGAAUGGUGGGGAAAAUCGCUUACUGUUCUUAAUCUUGAUUUCUUUAAACGAGUUUUAUCAAUGUUGAAGUCGAAGGGACUAAAACAAGAGAUUAUCAGCAAGAUUCUGAUAAACUACGCGAAUAAUUCUCUUCAAGUAGUCAAAGGAAGUUUACAUGACUUGGAAUUUUCGAAGAAACAACGGAUCCUCGUUGAAACAAUAACUAGUUUACUUCCAACUCAGUCGAGGAAAAGCCAGGUUCCGAUAGCUUUUCUCGCAAGUUUGCUGAAAUCGGCAAUAGCAGCAUCGGCAUCAACUUCUUGUAAAUCUGAUUUGGAGAGAAGAAUAGGUCUACAACUCGACCAAGCAAUUCUCGAAGACAUUCUGAUUCCAACAAGUUCAUAUCAAAAUAAUAACCAUUGCAGUACUAUUUAUGAUACCGAUUUAAUCGUGAGAAUUUUUUCGAUUUUUCUUAACUUGGACGAGGAGGACGAGGAUGAUAGCCGGCUGAGAGACGAAAGUGAAAUGGUUUAUGAAUUUGAUAGCCCUGGAUCUCCAAAACAAAGCUCGAUUCUUAAGGUAUCCAAAUUGUUGGAUAAUUAUCUUGCUGAAGUUGCAUUAGACCCAAACUUGUUUCCAUCAAAGUUCAUUUCACUCGCUGAAUUACUUCCCGAUCACGCGCGUAUCAUAAGCGAUGGACUCUAUAGAUCCGUCGAUAUCUUCCUUAAGGUACAUCCGAACAUAAAGGAAUCAGAGCGAUACCGAUUAUGCAAAACCAUCGAUUGUCAAAAACUCUCACAAGAAGCAUGCAGCCAUGCAGCACAAAACGAGAGACUCCCGGUCCAAAUGGCGGUACAAGUUCUCUACUUCGAACAAAUCCGCCUCCGUAACGCGAUGAGUGGAGGACAUAACCAACUCCUCUUCGGCGGCCUUAACAGUCAAUUCCCUCAUCGUUCAGGUAGCGGUGCAGGAAGCGGAGGAAUUUCGCCUAGAGAUAACUACGCAUCGGUUAGAAGAGAGAACCGAGAGUUGAAACUUGAAGUAACAAGAAUGAGAAUGAGGUUAACUGAUUUGGAGAAAGAUCAUGUUUCUAUGAAACAAGAGCUUGUUAAGUCGAAUCCUGGUAAUAAGCUUUUUAAGUCGUUUACGAAAAAGUUAAGUAAGCUUAAUGCAUUGUUUAGGAUUAGUGGCGUUAAGGGGAGUAAUGGUGUUGGUUCUGAGAGAAGGUUUCCGUUUCCAAAGAGAAGGCGUCACUCAGUUUCUUGAUUACAAAAAAAAAAGUGUUAAGUGUAUAAUUUAUAUUGAUGUAUUAAGUUGAGUGAUUGUGGCUAUAGGUUUUAUUUUCUGGUUGGUGAUGGUUGCAAUGCGUUACUGAUAGCGUUAAAGAUUCAUUUUUAAUCAAAAGAUUAUGAAAAAUACGACUUCACUGGGGAUCGAACCCAGAAUCUCUGGUUCCGUAGACCAGCGCCUUAUCCAUUGGGCCAUGAAGUCAAUUAUGAAG